UAUUGAUUACGGUUGUGCGGAACGGGUAAAAAUAUUGUCCUAAGAACUUUUUUGUAAUUUUUUUUUCAUAAAAUCAUAAAUAUUAUGAAUGUUGAAUAUGGAGCGUAAGAGAGUGGAAAAGCGUGACCAGACAUGGCGUAUCCAUCGUUCAUUCGUCACAAGUGUAUGCGUAUGGCUUAUGAUCGGAUUUCAUUAUACCAGUGCUCAAGAUUGCACAUCCCUCACAUUCGACUUCAGCCGUAAUUCUAUACUGCUAGGAGAAAUCUCAGCAACAGCAAUAAAUGAGCCAAUUGCAGACCACGAAGUGAGUUACGUGGAAUCCGUCAUUGCAUCGACAUGGGACGGGUACAAUCUCUACCUCACCGCAUACCUCAACACUACACAGGAUCCUACGAGACUAAUAGUGGCAACAGAUGAAAACUUCGCUAACUUCCCAAUUGAGGAAACCCUUCCUGAGCUCAGAGCACAAUUGGAGUUUUCUUGUGCUUCAGGAACCAAAAAGACCAUUCGAAUCCAAGUGACGAUUCGGAACGAAAACCUCUAUGCACCUACUUUUGAGCUGAACGAGUACAUCAUCCAGCUGCCAUUGCCGUUACCUAAGAACUUUGAUCUGACGCAGUAUGUCAAUAACGGAAGUGGAAUUAUUGCCCACGACUACGAUUUAACCGACAACGAAGUAGACUUCGCGAUCGCCGAUAACGAAUAUUUCCAAGUGGAGCAAGUGAUUGGAGCAUCGGCAAAGGAGUUUAUAGCAAGAAUCAGGACGACACAAACGAUAAUACGUCUAGACACGCUUGAUUUGGAAUUAACUGGAACUGAUCAAGGAGAUCCGCCAAGGUCAGGUGUAACUCAUCUUAAAAUUUCCGGCGAUCCCUUAGUUACGUACAUCGAACCACCCCAUUUUGUGGAGUCACUCUAUCGAAGCUUGUACAAACGCACUGAGCCGUUCGUUCCCGUCGAAAUUGGCCUCACCAGCGGAACAUACGAUGGCACAGUUAGCUUCGAACUCAGUGGACUGAAUGCCGAUCAUUUUACACUCACCGAAAAAUCGGACAAAAGUGGAGCUACCAUCGGGUUGAGGUCGGACGUAGACAUUGCAGAAACGAUCAGUAUUCUGACGGUUCAAAUUACCGCAAGCAGAAAUGGUACCGACUCGGACGGUCGAACUGCGGUCGUUGUGGAAGUGGAACAGGAAGUGAAAAUACUUCCCGCUUUUGAGCAGGUUGUUUACAGUGGGACGAUUGACCAGGAGAAGGUUAUUACACUAGGAGAUCCCGUUAAGUUAGUAGCGGAAAGCAUUGUAGGGGGAGUUAACGUAACUUUGGGAGGUGAAAAUGCUGAGUAUUUUGAUUAUGUAAACGCCGAUGGAACGAUCACUCUUAGGACUACGGACAAGUUGACCGAGGAGGUACUGAGUACGAAGUUUUACUUUCACAUUACUGUGGAAGCCUCCAGAUUGGAUGUUGGGAGCAGCGUGGCCUUCGUUAUUCUGGAAGUGCUGGCGGAAGAUGAAGUCGUUCCUAGGUUUGAGCAACUGUACUACGAGGGAACUAUUACCGAGGAAGGAGUUUCGACAAUACCUGAAAUAAUUAUUGUAGCAAAUACUUUUGUUGAUGGGUUAACCAUCACAAGGGCUAGCGACGAGGAACUGUUCAUUUUAAACCAAGUGGAGAAUAAAGCUACCCUGGUUGCGAAUAAUAUCACGGAGGCACAUCUUAACGGUAAAAUAUAUCUUUUGGAAAGAAUAACGGCCGUAGUGGAAAGCCAAGUGGUGGCUGAAACAAUAAUCAUAAUCAGCAUUAUAAGACCAAACAUCAUCGUUCCAGUAUUCGAAAACAACUACAUCGAAGGUCAACUAACCGAAGCAAACCUACAGUUAACACCAAUUACAGUUGUUAUCGACGCUAGUACUCAUAACGGAGACACAAAUGUGACUCUUCACGACUCAAACGAUCUAUUCGAGCUGGUCCGAUCCACGAUCGAAAAUGAAUACAUCCUCAAUUUACGCACUGAACCGCAGCUUCCGACAACUUCGCAUAUCACUGCCAUCAUUGAAGCCGUUAACCCUAAGUCAGCUACCGCAGUUUGCUUCGUAUCAAUUGAAAUAAUCCGCGAACCUUUGAUUGCACCAGCAUUCGAGGAAGUACUCUAUGAAAGUAUCAUCAACCAAAACGGGAUCUUACAAGAACUCACACUUAGACUGAAACCGGGAACUUACGACGACUCUAUUGACAUCAACCUUAUCGGUGCCGAUGCGGAACUCUUCCAAUGGCACAAGUUGGAAAACAACGAUAUUCAAAUCACCCUCAACGAAUCGACGACCGGUGAGGAUCUGGAAAAUCGCAACAACCUUCGUUUCAGUGUUCAAGCUGUAACAUCUGCCUCUCUGGAAGCUACAGUUCCCGUAAUAGUAUUCAUCGAGGUGGCUGAAGUUCAAAUUCCUCGCUUUGAAAAAGCGUUGUACAAAUCGACCAUCAGCUCUGACCUAACGUUGGUCCCAUUUGAAGCGAUUCUGUUGGAAGAUGGUACCGGUGCCGAAGGCUUGGGACUGCAGAUCCUGCAGAACAAUUCGGAUUUGUUCACAGUCGAGCUGGAAGAAGGCAAACGAAUUGAGAUUAGUUUGACAAAUGAGUUAACUCCAGAAGACUUGGAAGAAUUCGAUAGAUUUGAAUUUGUGAUUCAAGUUACAAAUCCGGGGGUUGGAUCAGCUUCCACCACGAUUGUCAUCGAUGUUGAGCGGAGUAUCAUUAUUGUGCCGGAAUUUACUCAGGUUGCCUACCAUGGCACACUCCAAGAAGGCUCACGAGACAUGGUAUUCACGGAAAACAUAACUCUGCAAUCUGAAACCAUAGCUAGUGGCGUGAAGUACGAAGUCUUGAGCGGCGACUACUCGUUAGUUAAAUUUGCUGAAAAUGAAGAUGCCAGCUUGAAGUUCUUGCUCGAAGAUGAUGUCACUGUUGAACAAUUGAAAAGUUAUGAUCAAAUUAAUUUUGUUGUUCAAGCUGUAAACCCUGGAAGCAUAGCUGCUUUGGCCAGCAUAGUUGUCCAAAUCAUUCGACCGACGCGACCCAUUUUUACCAAGUCUUCAUUCAGCGGAGUUCUGACCGAAGGUCUGUCCGGCGUCGAUCUCGCCUCAGAUCCAAUUCAAUUCGAAGAAGGAACUCUGUUGGAGGGAAUCGUUUUUCGACUCACUGAAGGAGCAUCGGCCUUUUUCCACGCUUCCAUUAGUCCUGAAAAUAUUAUUCAACUAUCGCUUGAUUCCGAGGUUUCUUGGUCUCAAAUUCGUUCCAGUUCAUAUCUUUCCUUCAAAAUGACGGCGACGAACCCCGGAUCCGACUCUAGCACUUCAACCAUAAUCAUUAACGUCGUAAACACUCCAGUCCCUACGCCUACCUUCACGAAGUCUUUUUAUCGAGGUUCGUUGCAGAAAGGAGUCCGCGAUGUAUCCUUCUCCGCCAGUGAAGUCAUCACCGUCGACUCCGAAACAAUUACCUCCACCUUCACGUUCCACGCAAUCGAUGAUGAUGCCGCCCUGUUCGACGUCACUCGCGAUGAAAAUAAAUUCAAGGUAGCUCUCAAUUCGACCGUAGAGGAUCAGACGAUCGAUGGUCGUGACGUUCUUAGCUUCGCGGUCGAAGCCAACAACGAGUACGGGGAAACGGCCCGAGCCACUGUCAUCGUGAGCAUCCAACUGGAUGAGAUUGUUACUCCGGUCUUCUCGAAGUCGAUAUACCAGGGAUCAAUCAAAGAACGAACCACUGAUGUGUUGUUCUCGACGGAAAUCAGCUUGCAGGAGCAAACAUCGAGCAGCAAUACAGAUGUGGGCUUGAUUGACGGUGAAGCCGAUUGGUUUACUGCUGUUUACGAAGACUCAAAGGUAAACAUCGUCGUGAAUGAAGAGAACGCGAUCAACUGGGACGAGAUUGGUGAUCGGACAUUUUUGAGUUUCGUUCUGCAAGCUACAAAUCCGGGUAGCAUAAUUGCUUCGGCUUUUGUAACGUUGGAUAUUGAAAGAGAGUUGAUUGUAAUUCCAAGAUUUAAGUCGUCUUCAUUCCAAGGGGUUCGAUUGGAAGGAUCCCGUGACGUGCAGUUCGCUGAGGGGGGAUCAAUCGAAUUCGUAGCUGGAAGUUUAGUAGCAGGAUUCCAUUUAGAGUUAACCGGAUACGAUUCCAAUCUAUUCGACUUUGUCCAGAAUGGACAUCAGGUGAGUAUCUCAUUGAAAGAAGAUGCUCAGGAGGAAAAUUUUAAGGAUCGAACCUAUCUUCGGUUUGAUGUGGCGGUGAACAACCCGGGAAGUGAAACAGCUGUGGCAAAUGUUUUGGUAGAUUUGCAAUGGAAUAGCACCUCAGUGAUUGCCCCACUGUUUGAGAAGUUGUUGUACCAAGGUUCGAUUGGACUUGAUCUUCAACUUAAAUUAGAUGAUGGUAUAGUUAUCAAAGAGGAAACUUAUACUGAUGAUGUUCAGUACGAGAUUACUGAAUCGAAUAGUGACCUUCUAGAGGUUGAAAAAGAAAAUCGCGUAGUUGUGGUAAAGUUAGCCAAAACAAUUUCUGAAGAAGAUUUAAAAGAUUUUAGCAGCCUUCAUGUCACUAUAAGAGCAUUUAAUGCUCAAGGACAAGACAGUAUCUGCUUCCUUUCUGUUGCGGUACUUACCGAUGGCGAAGAACCAUGUACAACCGAUUGCACGGAAUGUUAUGAUUGCUCUACAGGAGCCCCAUUAGAAGACGUUCCCGUGUUCGAGUACGGAAACUACCGCUUCUUCAUCAAAUCUGACAUCACAGGUCUGAUCGGUACCGUAAAAGCUACCGUGAAUGAUCCUUCCGUAGCCUUGGAACAUCGGGCGGUGAUAAGCAACAGCUACAUCAGAUCACGAAUAACGCUCACUGUUGAUGGUAUUCUGCGAGUAGAUCAAACGCUGAUACCCGGGCAGUACAGUUUCCAAGUGACGGCGUUGCAUCCUACAUCCCAGAAGCAAACCUCCGUAAGCGUGUUGCUUGAUGUGACUCAGGAACAGGAAUGCCCAGCAGAUCCGGACGCACCAAAAGUCACCACAGUUGAGAAGCUCCUUCAUAUAGUUUCGCUUCAGGAGGAAUCACCGCACCUCAAUAUUUUCCCGUCGCAGUUGGGUUCAUGCGAGUACAAACUGGUUGACGAAAACCCUUACCUUGACUACAGCUACUUUGAAAUCGAUUCGCAAACACAUUGGCUCACAUCGAGAAGCUUCGAUCGUGAGAACACAUCGCUUUUCGAAGGAAUGACCGUACCGCAGUUUCAAGUUCGACUUCAACUGAUUUGUCCAGAGCAAACUUCCGUUGAAACCCGUCGAACGAAACGAUCACUAAUUGAAACCGACGACCUGAACUACGCUCGGGACGUUACAGUUGUUCAAGUCGUAGUAACGGACGUCAACGAUCACGAGCCACAGUUUAUCGAGCCAGCUGCGUCCGCCAGUCCCUUCCACAUAGGAUUCCCCAUUUCCACCAUCGCAUCUGGACUGAUGCUUCCUCAUCUAAUCACCGUUCAAGCAGAAGACGCCGACGAAGGACUAAACGCAAAGGUUCGAUACAGUUUGAGUUCUCAAAACUACUUCGCAGUAGAAGAAGAAACUGGAAUUAUUUAUCCAUUGAAAGAAGCUAUAAGGUCGAACUCGGCGGUUAUGAUCACGGUAAGAGCAACCGAUCGGGAUGGAGCAAGCGAUGGACUGUCGUCGAUUGUUCAACUGAGCGUACAUAGACUGGAAGAGGACAACCUGGUGGCAAUGACCGUUCCAGGGCAAAUCGAUGGAGAUGACUUAAUACAGCAACUCAGCGCCAAUGAGGAGAAUAUUCAACUCAGAGUUCUGUCACAGGCUAGGGUUUCGGAAGUUAGCGAAACUACCGACAGGAAGUUUGUACGACAGUCUUCUUUCGAAGACAGCAUUAUUCGCAUGAUAGUCUACGCUUUUAAUGCGCAACAUGAAGUGCAAAGCUCUGACACUAUCAUUCGUGUUAUCAAAGCCACAGCCGUCCCGACGAGCAUCAGUGUGGACUCCUACUCCAAUGUAGCAUGCGCCAAUGCCGAAUGCAGCGAACGACAAUCAAGUAGCGAAGACAAUGUAGGACUCAUAGCGGCGACCUCCGUUUUGGGAGCACUUUUCAUUAUUUCCGCAGGGGUGGCGAUCUUCCUCUACCUUGGAUUCGUUAGACCAUUCAAAUCUUCUACGGCGAAUUCUUCGGACAUUGUCCAGCUGGAAAACGAUUUCGAAGUGUCACCACCACCGUCGCCACCGAUGCUGGGGGUGGGGAAACAGCUGGCGACAAAUGACUCCGACCAAGAGGACCGCAAGGAUUCGAUUCAAAUUCUUGGCAUCACUGACCAAGAAUCGGAAGACUCCACAGUGCCCUCAUCCCGGCUAGCUCGGUCGCUGGACGAGCGCCUCGAAAAAGCGGACGGAUUCGGUACCGUUUCCUCGAGGGGCACCAUCGAAGAUUCGUCAUCCCUGUCGGCGCAGAACGAACCUCGAAAUGUCAGGUUCAACGAACUGGUCGAGCGAAUAGAGGUCGUCGAACAUCAUCCGGAGGAUAAAGCGCACAAAAUAGAUCUGGAAGAUGACGACUCGGUCUACAGCGAACGACUGUAGGGUUGUUUGUGUUUAUUAAAAGCCACUAGAUAGGAAUAUUUUUAUAAUAAAGAAAUUAUCGUUAA